GUCUGCUGUGAGAAAAUUCGUCACAAAUCUCUCAGGUGAAUACAAAACACCUCGUUAUUCCAGAUUCCAGAUAUUCCACAUACAAUGAUUGUUGUCCUGUAAUGGGAUAUUAACGUGACAAUUCGGACUCUAUCUGCUACUUGUUUGUGAGUGUGUAUGUGUGUGUGCUCGUGUAUCUGAGACUUCUGUGCGUGGUUGUUUGAGUGUUUGUGUGCUGCACCAUCCUGCAGUCUGCAAUGUCUUCGGAAUUGCUGGUCGAUUUGAGUGAAGACCCUGCAACGGCCCAACUGGGCCACUUGAAAUUGGCCACGUUAGAAGACCAACAUUGGCCGGCGGAUGAGUCAUCUCUCAGCAAGUCUGAUACAGACAUCUCUCAGCGCUUCGAUGCUGGUUCCCCUCACCUGCCCUGGGACCAUCCCUUCUAUGACAUUGCCCGGCAUCAGAUCAUUGAAGUUGCAGGUGAUGACAACUUUGGCAGAAAAGUGAUCGUGUUUAAUGCCUGCAGGAUGCCCCCCCAGCAUCAACUGGACCAUCACAGGCUUUUAAUGUACCUGAAAGGAACCUUGGACCAGUAUGUUGAAAGUGACUACACGCUGAUCUAUUUCCAUCAUGGACUGACCAGCGAAAACAAGCCAUCACUCAGCUGGCUACGAGAUGCUUACAGGGAGUUUGACAGGAAGUAUAAGAAGAAUAUAAAGGCCUUAUACAUCGUCCAUCCCACCAUGUUCAUCAAGACCCUGUUGAUCCUCUUCAAACCCAUCAUCAGCUUUAAGUUUGGGAGGAAAAUCAACUACGUGAGCUAUCUGAGUGAGCUGGAUGAUGUGGUCAAGUGUGAGCAGCUAAUCAUUCCAGUCCGCGUCAAAGAGUACGACAACAAGUUGAGGGCAUCCCUAAAGUCAACCUCUCAGCUUCCUAUGUCUCCUCCUCGCAGCCCCCCUCUCCCCAACCAGGUCUUCGGGGUCUCCCUUGAAUUGUUAAGAAAGAGGAGUCCAGAUGGGGAUCCGGUUCCUGUGGUGAUGACAGACACCAUAAGCUUUCUAUCAGAGCAAGGUUUGGAGAUUGAGGGGAUCUUUCGACGUUCAGCCAAUGUGACUUUGGUGAAGGAGGUCCAGCUCAAGUAUAACUCAGGUGUGCCGGUGAACUUCAGAGAAAUGGAAGAUGUCCACUUGGCCGCCGUGAUCCUGAAGACAUUCCUGAGAGAACUUCCUGAACCACUGCUGACCUACCAGCUUUACAACGACAUUGUCAACUUCACCUCUGUGUCCCUCGAGAGUCAGGUGACUGUCAUGAAGACGCUGGUGGAGUCACUGCCAGAGGAGAACUAUGCUUCACUCAGAUACCUGAUCACAUUUUUGGCACAGGUGUCAGCUAACAGUGAGGUGAAUAAGAUGACCAACAGCAACCUGGCUGUGGUGUUCGGACCUAACCUGCUCUGGGGGCGGGACAACGCCAUGUCACUCAGCGCCAUAGGACCAAUCAACAACUUUACCCGAAGCCUGUUGGACCAGCAGCACUUGGUCUUUAAUUAAUCGUGAGGCCCAUAGUGGGUUAGCCAUCGAAUAGCAACACAGUCUCCCUAAAUGCACAUUAAAUAUCCCCUUGUGUCUUUUGUCACCCAGCUUUGUGAUUGGACUGUUCGCAGUAUGGUUAUAAAGUGUAUCCUGAGACCCUCUUGAGAAUACAAAUGCUGAAAAUGUAAAAAUGACAUGAUUAUUACCUUUGCCACCAUAUUUCCCUUGUAGUCCCUGCGGUCUGCCUGAAGCAAUUCCAGCCACAACUGCAGCAUGUGUACAGUUGUUAAGUGAAACAUUGAGUACAUAGUUGUUAGACUUUUCUGUGUUUUGUUGUUGUUGGUCACUGCUGUUUCUAUAUCGUGCAAAAAAAAAAGCCCUCCCCCUUAAAAGGUUUAUACUUUAAUAUGUGAAGAUUUGUGCGAAAAGCCUCAGGUUCGUUUAAGAAUAAUGACGCCAAAUGUGGACAAUCUUUAGAAAUGGUGUAUUUAAAAAGGUAAAAGAAGAUUACAGUGGAACUUGUUUAAGUUGACCUCGUUUAUGCCGACAACCCAUCUAAGUGGACCAACUCAUCAAGUCUAUGACUAAAAAGUCCCCCAACAUAUGUCAACGUUGACAUACGUUGUGACCGCUUUUGUCAACGUAACAUGUAAGACUCAAAAACGUCUUUUUUUUUUUUUCUUUAUUUGUUUUUUUUUUUAAAACACGUGUUGUAGUAUUGUUAAUGUCGUUAUUGUAAAAGCAGCUACAGGAAAAGAGCUGCCACUUACCUUCACAGCUUCAGCAUACGGCUAAAGAGCAGUCAUUGAAAAUAUGCACAAAUGGAGGAAAACGAUGUUAACAAACUGCCAUAAGUUCAAAAAUACAUUAUCGCCCAUUCUCCUGAUGCCUCUGGCAAAAAAUGGCUAUUUUUGGUUAUGUCGACGUGGGAUGUUGACUUAAAUGGUUUCCACUGUAACCGUAUCGUUGUAAUGAUCCCUAAACAUCCGUGCUUUGGGACACCAACAUAACAUAUCAUGGUAGUUUAUGCAUGCAUGCGUCUUCCCAUGUGGCCCUUACCAAAUACGUUGUUUUUUUAAGUUGGGUUGUGUGAUUGAGUGAUUGUGUGUGACGUUUGUGUCUGUACUUGCCUUUUUGUUCUUCACAGUGUGCCAUUAAUGGAGGUACAGUAGUCCAAAUGUAGUGGUGUCCUCUGGCCUCUGGAUAAAAUGGUGGUGCAAAGCACUCCUCUUAGCCUUUACUUUCUCAAAAGACACAAAAAAAAGGUUGAAGCUGCUGAAUAAGAUUUUUCUUAGUGCAGUCUUUAAAGGGGACAACCUCUUGUCAAAAGCUUGUAUCACCAUCUAUCGACUUGUGACUCGUGAAUUUGGCAAAACCAUUUCUGCCUGAAUAUCUUCCUCUCAGCUUGCAGAAUUAAAAGGAUAAUUUUGAUUUUUUUACAUGACGUUGAACGACAUCCCCAUCAGCAGUGUAGUGCAACAACAGUGACUUACCCCCCACUUCAUCCCAUGAGCCGAGUUCUGGGUGGAUUUCAGUGAUGAACGUAGUUCCGCUUAGUUGGUGGGGCCACUUAGGUAAAGAGUUAGUUCUUCUCAACAACAAUUAUGCGUUCUAACGAGUAAUAGAUUUGCAUCAUAAAAAUGCCUCCUCGAAAAAAUCAGACCUCACAAUUGCUCAACUGCAUGUCCAUUGUUGUGUAUGUGCUCCACAGAGGAUGAAGACAUGUAAACACUGGAACACUGGGGGUUGCCAUACAACUUCAUGUCAAAAAAUCCAACCUAUCCCUUAAAUGGGUGGUCCUGCUAGGUUUAGUUUAUUUCCGACAUGCUUAACAAAGCUACAUAGAAAUAGGAAGAUGCAGAGUUUAUUUAACCCUACCUCAAAUUUGUACCUGACCAGAAAAGAAGCCAGCAUAUCGCUCACGCUCCAAAACACGAAGACACACACAUCCCAGAGGUGUGGUGCCUAUGUCCAUUGGAAAAAUGACUAAUACUGUACAUCAAAUAUUACAUAUACUCGAAAGUUCUGUGGUGUAUAUUUUAAAGUAGUCCCCAUUUAAUUUAAUUCUAUUCUUUUGAUCUUAAGCGACAACAUGAGACGUGUAAACCUUGGACACCCAGUUGAAUUGAUUGUGUUUUACUUUACAGUGGAGUAAAUGGUAAUGGUUGCAAUGCUAUGGAAUCGUUAAAAGGGCGCGACUGUGACUAUAUCUAGUAUAUACAUAAAAGAGCAUCUUCCUGAAGCUAGAGGAGGAGCUUGUAAUUCCCAGUUGUUGUCAUAGUUAUGUCCAUGCAGUUUGUGUGUGACUUAAUGCAGUUAAAACAAACACAUAAUAUACCGAGGGCUAGCUUGUCAAAAAAUAAAACAAGAAACGAUUCCUGUCAGUGGAGGAGAGAAGUGCCAUUCUUGAAAUGUCACACUUGCUGACUAAUCACGUAUCUGUAUGAUCUAUUGAUCUUUGUACUGUAAUUUGUUGUCCUGGUGACAGUGAAGUAUGUUUACUCUCUGGGAGAAAUUUUUGUUUGGCUGAUUUCUGGACACUUAGUGGUCUUAUUUUCUGAAUUUGAUUUUUCAUCCUUUUGGUAUUAUAUAUAUAUAUAUAUAUAUAUAUGUGUGUGUGUGUGUAUGAUGAUAAAAUCAUGUAAUAUUGUGGACAAAUAAUAAAGAAUCUUAAAUAUG